AGCUCGGAACAGUCCGUGUUCAACUGGCUCCGAGUGUGGAAGUGAUUUUCCUUUGCUGACCAACCGACGACUGAACUUUUCGCGCGAUUUUCGAGGUGACGACUUUGGAAAAUUUUCGCUUGGAUGGACACCAAUAAGUGAGUUAAGCCUUCGUCCAGCUGAGGGACUCGAAAUCGAAACCUCCGAAUAAAGAAAAAAAGUGUUUGCAACAGUUUGUGGACGGCUACGACGACUUCUUCGGACUUGGAGGUCGUUGUGUAAUAAACGGCGGCUUAGCAGCUCCUCAGUUGGAGCGAUCGGCGAGUUAGUGAAAUAUAACAUCGCGCAAAUAGUGAAUAAAUUAAGGUUUUUCUUUAAUUGUUUGCUGCUAGCUGUUGGCUUUACGUUGGUCGAUCGAAGUAUUUCUACGGAAUGUGAAAGGUUGUGCACAGCACGUGGUAACGUGGAAAAUCUUUGAACAAAGUGACGAACAUCAAUAAAACACGCUUCUAACUGUAAGUCCCCAAAAGUGCGCCUAAACAUCUGUUAUUUAAUUGGCAUAGAUUGACAAUCUUCAAAAGAAGAUAAAACAACCAAGAUUGCCAAAGAAGAACUAAAAAAACAAGUGUAUAACAGAACAUCCCAUCCAGCACCUGGAAACUGUUGUGUAAUGUGCGUCUGACAAUGUCACGAGCGGUUUAGCAGGCGCGAAGAAGACGCGGCUUAAAUUGUAGGAAAUUACGACAUUAAUUGAAUAGAGGGCUCUGCGGGAAAUACAGUUCGAAUGCGAAUAGUGCUACUCAAGAACGAGAACGGCAGAAGGCUGGUGGUGAAAGCAUCAGCAAACAAAAACCAACGCUCGACAAUUCUCGCCAGUUGACGGCGGAAGAAAGCACUGCCUGCAAAAGAUUCGUCACGCUGUGAAGGAAUUGUAGGUUGUCACACAUUUUGCGCGCGAUGGACUGUUUCAACGGAUGAAUUUGAUGGAUGGUUAUGGUGUAAAGUGAUCUUUCGCGGUGGCUUAUUUUUUUGCGGAGGUGGAAAAAUAUCAUCAACAUUCUCGGCGUGUAGUGAAGUGCGAGAAAAAACUUAUUGAGGCUAAACUUACAAAGAGUUGACCUGAACAGAAAGGCUUGUAAAUUGAACUAAAACACAAUGAAGAUGAAGGAAAGGUUACGUCACGUCGGGUGGUAUGCUUUCAUCAUAGUGGCGGCACAGACAAUUGUCUUCACGCAAUCGGCGGACAGUGGUAGUUCAAGUGCGACCACGGCGGUUCCUGUGAGUUUCCAAAACAGCAUCAGCAACGGCAGCUUCUACAGCACACAUGCCCUUACUUCAGCGGUUACGGCAGCUGCAGCUCUGACAACUGCCAACCGAGGUUCGAUCUCUUCUACGGUGGCGCCUAAAGUCCAACGAAAACGAGGCAGUUCGGGCAAAGUGAGUAAAAAAAGUAUCGUCGUCACCCAGCCCGUCGACAACGUUAACAGCUCGCGCGAAUCACUAUCCCACGAGGGCAGCGAACCGGUGGUGUAUGUCUCGGACACGGCAGGAUACAUUCCAUUAACGUCACUUCAAGCAGCAACCCAUCAACGACUACCGCCCGCUUAUGGAAGCGACAUUGACCCUGCAUGGCGACCUGAUCCCUGGGACCGGGACUACAAUCGGCGACAUCGCUUUAACAAUACGAGAGUACAACAUAUUGAGGCUGAAUGUCAGGAUGAUUACAUGAAAAUCAGAAUUGGUUUCAAUGGCUCCUUCAACGGAUUGUUGUAUUCAUCUGGCUACGCUUACGAUCCGGACUGCAUGUACAUCAAUGGUUCUGGACGGGACUAUUACGAAUUCCUGAUUCAGUUGAACCGCUGCGGUACAUUAGGAAAGAAUGCCAACGGUGACGACAGUCGCAAGAAUCCAACGAAAAACUUCAUGUGGAACACGGUGACGGUGCAGUACAAUCCGUUAAUCGAAGAAGAAUUCGAUGAACACUUUAAGGUCACUUGCGAGUAUGGGUAUGACUUUUGGAAAACCGUAACAUUUCCGUUUCUCGACGUUGAAGUUGCAACCGGAAAUCCCGUAGUAUUUACCUUGAGUCCCCCUGAGUGUUACAUGGAAAUUCGAAACGGAUACGGAACCAAUGGGGCUCGAGUGACCGGUCCAGUACGAGUAGGAGAUCCGUUGACGUUGAUCAUUUACAUGAGAAGCAAAUACGAUGGAUUCGAUAUUGUGGUUAAUGAUUGCUUCGCACACAAUGGAGCCAAUAAAAGGAUUCAGCUGAUUGAUGAGUAUGGAUGUCCCGUGGAUGACAAAUUGAUAUCUCGCUUCCGUGGUAGCUGGUCUGAUGGAGGACUUUACGAAACGCAGGUCUACGCCUACAUGAAAACGUUCCGAUUCACCGGAUCUCCCGCACUGUAUAUUGAAUGCGAUGUCCGAAUGUGCCAUGGCCGCUGUCCAAGCCAACCAUGUCACUGGAGAAAUCUCAAGGGAAUUGCUAAGCGAGACGUUCAACAAGAAACCAACUCCACCUUAUCCGAUAACAUCAGUUUAUUCCAAGCCCUAAGAGUCCUGCAGGAGGAGGAUGACGACGAAAAAAUCAAAAAAGAAGCUGCCACUGUUGCCAGACCACAAGACGCCUCGGAAACGUGCAUGAAGACAUCGUUGUUGUCAGCAAUGCUGGCGACGUGUUGUGUGGUUUUGUGUAUCCUUUCCGGGUCCCUUCUGGCAGCAUGUGCAAAGCUUAGGUAUCGCAAGAAGGAUGAUGGAUUUUUCAACGCUUACGUAGGCCACAAAGCCCAACUGGAUUGAGAGAACUACGCUGGACCUGAAUGAUUUCUUCCCAUUUCUGCACGAAACAGAACGCUCUAUUGAGAAGCAGUUUUACAGACAAAGUAUUGUUACGUAUACAAGUACACAAACACAUGAAAUUCUUCAGACAAUCAUAGUAUCAUAAGGGCGUAAUUGCAGUAGUCAGUUUUCUUUUUGCUGUAAAUUGGAUUGGAAAAUCCAAUGUAAUAAUGGCUUGAAUUUAUCCGAAAUCUUUAAUGAUAAAAUGGAGUAAGGCGCAAGUAAAAAUCAGGCCAAUGUCAAAACCAAAUUGUCAUUAAAACAGAUGAAAAACAAACAACAAAACAAGCACGCUCACAACCGUUUGUCCUAACUUUAGCGAAUCGAGAUAAAGGAAAAUUGUCAUGAGAAUCACAGGAGGCAACAUUGUUGCAACAUUUUCAAACCGUGAUUAGUAAGUUAUUUUGAACAUAAAAUCGAAUUAGUUUUAUGGCUGCUAUUCGAUAAUGUGGCAAUGUUUAGCAAAACAGAGAAAGUUCUUAAAAAUUGCAAUGCAAAGUUUAAAAAAUCCCUAGGCAAGCGGUGAGCGAUCAUUGUCAUAUUCUAUUCAAGUGGU